AAGCCAUUUGUGUACAAGCACAAUAUAUACAAGGCUAGCAUAAUAUUAUUGUGCAUGCUAGAGCUUCAGUUUCAAGCAUUCUAACUAGCUAAGUAUGCUGCAAGUAAGUAGUACUAGUUAAUUGUGCAUAGUCUAUACUCCACAGAAUGGAUGAUCCUCUGGUCAGUCUCACAAUUUAUGAGAGCAAAGUUACCAAGUCUAAAAACACCACAGCAGUAAGGCAGCAGAAGAUCACACCACCCACUACAAGUAGUACAAGCAAGAAAAAUCAACCUUUAAAAGCAUCUGAGAAAAGCAAAGGUCCAAGCAGCAAAUCGAACAGAACUAGAAAAGUUGGAGGCGUGGCCCAAUCUAGCCAUCGGUCUGCGGAGAAGCCGAGUACAAGUGGAGAGUGUUUCCCGUGUCUACCUGGAAUAGAAGACGAGAAAGAAAUGUCUCUAUCGUCUGAUUCUUCAGAUGUAGCCAGUCCCUCACACACUUCAGAGGACCGAGUCUCUCAAGAUCCUAGUGGUCUGCUGAACAGUCCUCUCCCACCACCGCCGCAGGACUUCUGGCUCAUGAGGCUGUUCCAGUCCAACCUCUUCAAUAUGUCGAUAGCCAUUGGGUAUCUGUUCAACUCCAAGGAAGAGGACGUGCAAGCUUACCUUGGGAACAAGUUGUUUAGCUUCCCCAAUGAAGAUGUGGACUUCUACCUGCCCCAACUCAUAAACAUGUACCUGCACAUGGACGAGUUAUCCCUGGUCCUGCACAAGUAUUUCCUGCAUCGCUGCAGAGACUCAGUCCUGUUCUCUCUCAAGACUGCUUGGCUCCUUCGUGCCUACACCAGUGACAGUUGGCUGCCCUCAGCUGAGCUACAGCGGGGGAACAGACUCCUCUACUUGCUACAAACGGAGCAAAUCAGAGCACCCCCUCUAACUAGACCUAGACCUAGCAAGUCGACCUUUCUGACCUCUAAGAACCUGGGAGUCUCCCAUAGAAAAAGUACGCCAGGAGGGCUCCGACACUACCGCUCUCUGUCAGGGGGUGGGAGCUUCCAUUACUCGCAGUCUAUGUCUAAACUGGACUCUCUUGACAGGAAGAAGAAUGGGAGUAAUGUGUCGCUGCCUGGAGAUCUUCACUCCGGCCGUGCUUUUGACAAUGGCUGCAGCUGUACUCUGGAUGAGAACAAACUGCUCCACAUAGGUCCUCACAGGUGCACCUGCUCGUCUCCUCGUCUGGCGGCCCAGAACUCAUUUGUCCUCUUCCUGGGGAACAUAUGCAACAAGAUGCUCAAAUACUCCACCAGAGACCUGAGGACUGCUCAGUUGUACGCAGAGCUCUCUCAGUUGAACCUUAACCUCCCUGCUCGAGUGUGUAUCCCUCUCUACGAGGGGAGGCACCAGAUUCUCAGAGUUCCUAGCUCAGAGGCUGUCGUCCUCAACUCAAAGAGCAAGGCACCCUACCUGAUACUAGUGGAGGUGGCUGAGUGUGAGAGCACCUCCCUGUCCACGCUGCCUGCCAAACAGCUGGACGUCAGCGUCAAAAGUGCAGGACUGUCUCCAGACCAGGCCAAGGUGUGUGUCCGCUCAGAGGGGGCUUCCCCUAUCUACACUCGUACCUCCUCCUCCCCGUCCCUCAACGAGAUAGACAUCCAGUCACGAUCACACGACUCAUCAGCGUCUACUGAAGGCAAUGUGGAAAUGAGCACCUCACAGAUAAAUCACUUAGCUACUGCUGGAGCUUCAACUACAGAGUGUGUUCGACCUCCACACAUUGUUAGUUCAGCCGGGAUUCCUGGCAGUGACGUUGGCAAGCAGUCGAGUGUUGAAAGCACUGAUUCAUCGUCUGAUCCUGAGAGUUGUUUGAUUAAGGACAGAACUGGUGUUGGUGUGGAGAGUGAGGACGCCCACGCAUCGUCUGACGGGGGUGUGGAGGUGGGCGGUUGUGAGGACGAUGAGGUGGUGGAAUUUUGUGUCGGGGACGUUCGGAAACGGCUGAGUCAGCAUUCUACGGCCCCCAAGAAGACUUACCAGAGAGACCCGGAGGAUCCUUCAGCAUCUGCCAUGAAGGAGCCAUGGGAUGAUAAGGUGAAGAGGAUCAGAGCCAGUUCUCCUUAUGGCCACCUGCCCAAUUGGAAGCUGCUCCCUGUGAUUGUCAAGUGGGGGGAUGACCUGAGGCAGGAGCUGGUCUGUGCUCAGCUGCUGGAACAGUUUCAGAUUGUGUGGAAACAAGAACAACUUUCACUCAUUGUCAGACCGUACAAGCUGCUGGUGGUAGGCAACGAGGGUGGCUUAAUAGAGCCCAUCAUGAAUGCAGUCUCACUCCACCAGAUCAAGAAACUGAACCAGGGUAUCUCAUUCCUCGACUAUUUCAUAAAAGAAUACGGAAAAAAGGAUUCGAAACGAUUCCUCUCCUGUCAGCGCAACUUUGUGGAGAGCUGUGCAGCGUACUGCCUCUUCUGCUACUUCAUUAGAGUCAAGGACAGACACAAUGGCAACAUUUUGUUGGACUCGGAGGGGAACUUGAUUCACAUUGACUUUGGCUUCAUCCUGGCCAAUUCUCCCGGGAACAACCUGGGCUUUGAGAGCUCCCCCUUUAAACUCACCAAAGAGUUUGUGGAGGUGAUGGGUGGAGUCAACAGUGAGAUGUACCAGCACUUCAAGUGGCUCAUGCUCAAGGGAUUCAUGGCUGCCCGGAAACACAUGGACAAAUUCAUUCAGAUUGUGGAAAUCAUGCAGACAGGGUCUCAGCUGCCUUGCUUUGGUCAUGGUCCGUCCACUGUGAGACAAAUGAGAGAGAGAUUUCACAUGAGUCUAACGGAGAAGCAACUCGAAUUAUUAGUGGACAGUAUGAUAGAAUCUAGUGUUCGCUCGUUAACUACCAAACUUUACGAUCGCUUUCAAUAUCUAACAAAUGGCAUUUUAUAACAGCACAUUUGUUCGUUUUUUUACCUGCCUUAUCGUGGCUGUGUAUGUGUGACUAUUAUUAUUAUUAUGAUUAAUGGUAA